CAAACGAGACUCAUUCUUCUUCUUCCUUCCACCCGUAUAUAGAGAAAACCCAUCCCUUGUCUGGUCAAAAGAUGCUUGUGGUAAGCACAUCACAGCUUCCUUCUCCCCUUUAAAGCACUAUUUCUUCUUCUUCUUCUUCAAAAUCAUUCAUUUCCUCUUUCCGAUCUCCCCUAGACUCCUGUUAUCUGCCCUUCCUCUGUAUAUCACGCUUUCACCCAAUCCUUUAAGGUUACAUUACUUUAAUGGAAAAUUCCUUGAGAAAUACAACCAAAUAUUCUCUGCAGUGUCCCUUUUUGCAGAAUAUCAAUGAGCCCGUGUCAAAAGUUACCACCAAAGGUCCCAUUUUUGAAGAUGGCCCAGAUUUUCAAUUGGCGUUCAGACUAUUCCACGGCCAAAACGGGGUCGUCCAAUUGACAGAAAAAGUAGAACCCAAGUUUAAUCCUUUGGCAGCAAAAGCAGCCACCAUAAGUCUAUCAGGAUUCGGCCCAUUUGGAUUUGACGCAUUCUUUAAGAAAUUGAAUAACCAGAAUCAUGAAUCAACAAGUAAUGAAUGGCUCAACAGUGGAAAUUGUCCAAUGGCGAAAUCAUACAGAGCAAUAAGUAAUGUCCUUCCAAUGGUGGCAAAAGCUCUGCAACCACCUUCUGGAAUGAAACUGAAGUGCCCAUCUGCUAUUAUAGCAGCUAGGGCUUUCCUAUCACGUACAGCCUUUGCUAAGAAACUCCGACCACAACCGCUGUCGGAAAAGGUCAUUGUGAUAGGGAUGAUGGGUAUGGCUGCUAAUGUUCCUUUAGGAAUAUGGAGAGAACAUACUAAGAAAUUCUCACCUUCAUGGUUUGCAGCUGUUCAUGCUGCUGUUCCUUUUAUUGCUAUGCUUCGAAAAUCUGUAUUGAUGCCUAAAUCUGCUAUGGCAUUUACGAUUGCUGCUUCUAUAUUGGGACAGGUUAUAGGAUCUAGAGCUGAGCGUUAUCGAUUGCAGGCGAAAUUAGACUCAAAAGAACUAUCUAAAUUGAAAGGUCUAUUUCCUCUUCAUCCUCUUAGGGGUUCAGAUUCUUCAUCUUCAUCAGCUGCUGAUGUGUUAUGCUGAUUGAUUGAUUGUUUAUUGUUUAAUUCAUCAUCCCCAUUCAAUUCAUACAUGAGAAUUAGGGAAAAUUGAAAGAAGAAGAUACCAUUUUGUUUAUUUUACUGUAAUAAUAAGUUUGCAAGGCAUAGAUUGUUAUCCUUCAAUAAAAUCUCAUUGGACUCCCAAAA